CUUGACACCUAUCAACGCCCACACCUCCAAGCCACGCACUGUCGCGUCGUUCGUUAGUCCCGUUGCAAUGGAAGUGGACAGCGGAAAACGAAAGCGAGAAGAGGAUCAGUUACCGAGCAUUACUUAUCUCGUCGGAGACAGGUCUUUUGAUAGACUUUUCAAGGAACAAUCUCUCGAAGAAAUACAGAACGUUGUACGGCGAAAACUGCAGCUACCGUCAAACUCGACGGUCAAGCUAAAGCAGCUGCGUGGCAGCAAGGUUAUUGAUUUGGAUGAUGAUGAUGAUUUCGAUGCGUUCUCCGCGCGCGCGAGAUUAAUGAGGUUGGUUGAUGUAGCGGUGGAAAUCUCAACCCCUCCUGCACAGGAGGCCAUGUCUUCCGCCAGCACGAGGGAAGCGUCAAAAACUUCCGAGACGGGGGUGGCGAAGAAGAAACGCAAAGUCAAUAAUGACCGGCCUCCUGAGGAUGCCAGUUCGACCGUGACACGCGAACCGAAGUCUAAGAAACAGAAGACAGAGCAGCCUGCAGUGACCAAGCAUACGGAGACUGCGUCAGCUUCCAAGCUCGCAUCUGAGAACAGUUUUGUUAGAGAAUUCAUUGAGAGACUUGGGAGAAAGGAGCCCGCCUCAGUCAGUGCUCCAGCAGAAUCCUCACUGAAGCCCUCUGCGAAGCCCUCUGUCUUGAUCACCACCAAAGCGCCCGUUCCCACUGAUGGAGAACCGCCGAAGAAGAAACCAAAAACUGCGAAGGCUGGUGUGGCCAAGGAUGCUGCAGAGAAGCCACCAAAGAAGACCAAGAAGGCGAAGGAGACCGAACGGACCAAGGAGACCUCGAGCCUACCAGUAUUAGAUGACGAUGUAGUUCCGGCUCCUUCUGGUCCCUCAGAACCGCCAAAGAAAUCAUCGGGGACGAAGAAGAUUACCACACAAUUGUCGGCUCUUCAGUCUGCUGAGGGCGAGAAAUCUGCGAACGGUGUAGUUGACGGCGCAGCUGCCUCUAAAAACAAGAAGAAGAGCAAAGUGAAGGGUAAAGAAGUUGAAAGUGAAAGUGAGGCGGCUCCAAGCGAGCCAGCUCCUGAGACAUCCGCUUCGACGAGCGGCCGCAAGAAAGUUGCAAACGCGGGAGCUUCAGAAGCUCCAGCCCCGAAAGAAAGUGCGUGGUAUCAUACACUGAUCCCGCGCUUUCUAAUGUCCUACAGAGAAGACUAAGCAAAGAAAAACAACGAAAGCCAAAGCUCUUGAUGCAGAUGCUGUCCGGCCUGCCAAUCCAAUAAAUAUUCAGGACAUUGUGAAUUCCAUAGCACGUGUCUCGAUGGAAACGGCUAAACAGAAUAAUACCAAUACUGAGGUGAAUUCGGUUAACGCUUCCCAGCCGUCCACUUCACUGGGCCCCUCUGUAAUUACGACCACGAAAAGUGGUGUGUCAUCUAGUCCGCUUUGUCAUGCUUGCUCUGGUUCCUUUCAUCCCCUGUAUCGGUGCCCAACGGUGUUGGCAGGCCAGGAAGCGAUACAUAAUAGAAUUGAGGAAUUGAGGAUAGUA